CGGGCAGCCCCAGCCCCAGCCGAGGCCGUCCCGGGAACGCUGAUGCCAAAGCCCCUCCGGCCAGGGCCGGGACCCGGUCCGCCUAGCCAGCUCUGACAGCUCCAUGGCCUCGGCCGGCCACUGAGCCCCACCAUGGGCAGCCUGUACUCGGAGUACCUGAGCCCCACCAAGGUCCUGGAGCACUAUAACUACACCAAGGAGACACUCGACGUCCCGCAGACACUGUCCCGCCAGGUGGCCUUGGUCCUCAUCAUCAUCCUCUGCUGUGCCAUCGUGGUGGAGAACCUGCUGGUGCUCAUCGCCGUCGCCCGGAACAGCAAGUUCCACUCAGCCAUGUACCUGUUCCUGGGCAACCUGGCCGCCUCGGACCUGCUGGCGGGCGUGGCCUUCAUAGCCAAUACCUUGCUCUCGGGCUCUGUCACCGUGCACCUGACCCCCGUGCAGUGGUUUGCCCGCGAGGGCUCGGCUUUCAUCACACUCUCUGCCUCUGUCUUCAGCCUCCUGGCCAUCGCCAUUGAGCGCCAUGUGGCCAUCGCCAAGGUCAAGGUCUACGGCAGCGACAAGAGCUGCCGCAUGCUGCUGCUGAUCGGGGCCUCCUGGCUCAUCUCACUGGUUCUCGGGGGCCUGCCCAUCCUCGGUUGGAACUGCCUGGAUCACCUCGAGACCUGUUCCACCGUUUUGCCGCUCUACACCAAAGACUACGUGCUCUGCGUGGUCACCAUCUUCUCCGUCAUCCUGUCGGCCAUUGUCGUUCUGUAUGUCCGCAUCUACUGCGUGGUCCGCUCUAGUCAUGCCGAGGUGGCUGGUCCACAGACGCUGGCCCUUCUCAGGACAGUCACCAUCGUGCUAGGGGUCUUCAUUGUGUGCUGGCUGCCUGCCUUUAGCAUCCUCCUCCUGGACUACGCCUGUCCCGUGCUCUCCUGCCCUAUCCUCUACAAGGCCCACUACUUUUUUGCUUUUGCCACCCUCAACUCACUGCUCAACCCUGUCAUCUACACGUGGCAUAGCCGGGACCUGCGGGAGGAGGUGCUGCGGCCCCUGCAUACUGCCGGAAGGUGGCGGGGUGGGACCCCACAUCACCACCUCCUGCCCCUCCGUAGCUCUAGCUCACUGGAGAGGGGCACCCACAUGCCCACGUUGCCUACGAUGCUGGAGGGCAACACAGUGGUUUGAGGGACGUGUGGGCUGACAACCAGGCCAUGGCAGAGAGCUCCCUGGAGAGGUGCCACGUGACCACAGACAGCUGUGGGGCUGCCAAGCACGGUGGCCCACUCCACAGACCUGGGUGAUAUGGAAAAUAUCUCAUACCUGGGAUGGCCCGCGGAGGCACUGACCUGUUGGAAGAAAGAGCCGCAGCAGAGGCCUGGAGGCCAGGGCGGCGACUGGCGUGACCCCUUCAGAACUGGCCCCGGGGAGGUCUGAGGUUACCUGCAAAGAGCCUGGGUGACAGCAGGCAGGCACUCAAGAGGAACUCAGGGCAGGAGCAAUUUACAACGUGGUACAAAGGAUUUCAUUGCACAACUGUCUGACCCUCCACCUUGCCACCUCUUGGCAACCUCAGGCCCCUUCCCUGGAACCAGUGCCCCAGGGGCUGGAGGCCUCCUCCCUUACUGUCUGGGCAG